CAAAGGAUUGCUUCAACAAUUUAUAUUUUUAUCCAAAACAAUGCAAAUCGCAGUGAAAAUGUUUAAAUCAUCUAUGUGUUAUUUAAUAAUAUUAUUUGCAUUUAUUACCCCUUUGUCAAAAGUUAAUGCGAAUACAAAUUUCAUAAAAAAGAAUGAAGAAUCCAUUGACUCUACAUCAUCGUCCGAAGAUUUCAAUAAUAACUUAACCAGUUUCAAUAACGAUCAUGUCCUGGAAUCUCAUGAACUAAUGCAACAAGAAACAACAGAAAAGUUAUUUAAAGUGCCUAGUUCUGAUAUAAAUGUCUCCAAACAAACAAACACAUUUCUUGGUGGUAAAUUAGUGAUACAUGAAGAGGAACCAAUUAUUGAUGAUACCGAUGAGGAACCAACGGAAGAUAGUAAUAUCUUGACAACACCAAUACCAACUCAAGCAAUGCAUCGUGAUAUACGGCAAAAAUUUCAAGAUACGGAGCCAAAUCCAGGAACAAGUGAAUCAUUAUUGGAAUUACUUAUAACCAUCGCUGGUCAACCUGAGAGAUGGAAUAAAUUCGUUGGAUACAUAAACACCAUUUUGAAUUCACCAAUUGCAAUAAAUCCAGAAUUUCUAAAACAAUUAGAAUCAUAUAAGACGAAAACAACAAAACCAGAUGAGAUAAAACAAGUGACAAAACAAACAAAACAUAGUCAUAAACAACACACUCAAAAAUUAUUACGUCAUGACGAAUACAAACCAAGUGAGAAAAAUCAUACAGACACCAUUCAACAUAUGAUCAUAUAUUUACGAAAUGAAAAUUCACGUAAACAUUCGAAAAAAAAUCAUUUUGACGUAUCCACGAAACCAACACCUUUAGCACAAACAUCGCAAUAUAUUGAGACAGAACAUGCACGUACCAAAUCAUUAUGGUCUAUGCUUAUACCUCCAGAAAAGAAAUAUAAACCAGAAAAUGUUCGAAAUCAGUCCAAUGAAAAUGAGCAAAAGUUCAUCGAUGAGUUACAUGACUUAAAUAAAUAUAAAAAGACAAAAUUAUUAUCAGAAUUAAUCAAAAAUACAAAUUUUAACAUAUCGAAAACAUCAAACCAACAUGGCAGAAAUUUUAAUGCCAAUCAAUGGCCUCUAUUUGAAGACGAAAAGGAGAAUGCCUUUACGAAAAAUUUUGAUUUGGCUAAUAGGCUGUAUAGUGAGCCAACUACAGUAAAACCACCGGGGAAAUUAAAAGAAUGGUUUUCAUUUCGACGUGUGACAUCGUCACUUCCCUCCUCUGGGUAUGAUAAAGCAAGAGCACGAAAUGCGUAUAUUGCUGUUUCUGUUAUUGCACCCACCAUGAGGAAAUACUACAGUUCUAGAGCACAUCAACAUAAAAAACAAACCACGGAAAAUGAUCCAAUUGUAAAUCAAUUAUUACAUUUAAAACCAUGGAAUCAUCAUGACAAUUUGAAACAAAUGAAAAAAUUGAGAGAAAAAUGGCCGGUAAUAAGUACGGGCGAUCCUCUUUAAACAAUCUACUAAAUAAAUGAAGAACCACAUUGUUAUCAAAAAAAAAAAGUUUUUAGAUAUGAGAGAACAUUUUAAAGAUAAAACAUACAAUUAGAUGGUAGUGUUUCCAUAAGACAAUUUUCACUCGGAGUGAUAAAUUAUAUAUAUUUAUUUAAGAAAAAAAAAUGAA